GCGCAGCGGGGCUGCCGGGCGCCUCCCCCUGGCCUGAUGGACGCCUCUGCCCCGCAGCCCUGCGGGGAUUCCCGCAAAGACAGAUGGUGUCCAGGAGAAAGAUGUCUUGCUCCUUCUUUGGAUAAUAAAAAGCUUUGUGAAGCAAGCAUAAAGUCUAUCACUGUGGAUGAAAAUGGGAAGCCAUUUGCAGUUGUCCUGUAUUCAGAUUUUCAAGAAAAGAAAAUGCCUCUUCCAAGACUUCAAGAAGUAAAACCAACUAAAGAUUGCUCCAGAAGUUUUAUAUUUGAUGAUGAAGAUUUAGAAAAACCUUAUUUCCCAGAUCAAAAAAUUCCAUCCUUGACUACUGCUUUUGAAUUAUCUGACGAUGGAGACUCCAUUCCUUAUACUAUUAAUAGGUACUUGCGAGACUACCAAAGAGAGGGAGCUCAGUUUCUCUACAGACACUACAUCCAGGGAAGAGGGUGUAUUCUUGGUGAUGACAUGGGACUUGGAAAAACAGUACAGGUUAUUUCAUUUCUGGCAGCAGUUUUGCAUAAAAAGGGAACUCGUGAAGAUAUUGAAAAUAAUAUGCCAGAGUUUUUACUAAAAAGUAUGAAAAAGGAACUCUCUUCUACAGCCAAAAAGAUGUUCUUAAUAGUUGCUCCUCUCUCUGUCCUCUACAACUGGAAGGAUGAAUUGGAUACCUGGGGAUAUUUCAGAGUUGUUGUUUUACAUGGUAGCAAAAAAGACAAUGAACUGAUUCGUUUAAAGCAGAGGAAAUGUGAAAUUGCUCUGACAACCUAUGAAACACUGCGCCUGUGUCUGGAGGAGCUUAACAGUUUGGAAUGGUCAGCUAUUAUUGUAGAUGAAGCUCAUAGGAUCAAGAAUCCAAAAGCACGAGUUACGGAAGUCAUGAAGGCUGUAAAGUGUAAGGUCCGUAUUGGCCUCACUGGUACCAUCCUUCAGAACAACAUGAAGGAGCUGUGGUGUGUUAUGGACUGGGCUGUGCCAGGACUUUUAGGUAGCAGGAUCCAGUUCAAAAAGCAAUUUUCGGACCCAGUGGAACAUGGCCAGAGACAUACAGCAACUAAGAGAGAACUUGCUACUGGCCGAAAAGCUAUGCACAGGCUUGCAAAAAAGAUGUCUGGCUCUUUUCUCAGGCGCACCAAGACUCUUAUCAAGGACCAGCUGCCUAAAAAAGAAGACAGGAUGGUAUAUUGCUCUUUGACAGACUUCCAGAAAGCUGUUUAUCAAACAGUGUUAGAAGCAGAAGAUGUAGCUUUGAUCCUUACAUCCUCUCAGCCUUGUACCUGUGGCAGUGGCCAGAAAAGGAGAAGCUGCUGUUACAAGACCAAUUCACAGGGUGACACAGUGCGAAGCUUGUGUCUUAGUUACUUGACUGUGCUUCAGAAAGCAGCUAACCAUGCUGCCCUGCUGCAGGUGGCCAGCACUUCCAAACAGCAGGAAACACUUAUCAAGAGGAUAUGUGAUCAGGUGUUUUCCAAAUUCCCAGAUUUUGUGCAGAAAAGCAAAGAUGCAGCCUUUGAAACACUUUCUGACCCUAAAUAUAGUGGGAAAAUGAAGGUCCUGCAGCAGCUUUUGAGUCAUUUUAGGAAACACAGGGAUAAGGUUCUUCUCUUCUCCUUUUCCACCAAGCUGCUUGAUGUGCUGCAGCAGUUCUGCAUGGCUUCUGGCCUUGACUACCGGAGACUGGAUGGAAGCACACGAUCAGAGGAGAGACUCAGGAUUGUGAAAGAGUUCAACAGUACACAGGAUGUGAACAUUUGUCUCGUCUCCACCAUGGCUGGUGGACUAGGUCUCAAUUUUGUUGGUGCCAAUGUUGUUAUAUUAUUUGAUCCAACUUGGAAUCCAGCCAAUGAUCUUCAAGCCAUUGACAGAGCAUAUAGAAUUGGGCAGUGCAGAGAUGUCAAAGUGCUUAGGCUGAUAUCCUUGGGGACUGUGGAGGAGAUCAUGUACUUACGACAGGUCUACAAGCAGCAACUUCACUGUGUGGUGGUUGGAAGUGAAAAUGCCAAGCGAUACUUUGAAGCAGUCCAGGGAUCAAAAGAACAUCGAGGAGAGCUCUUUGGUGUUCACAACCUCUUCAAAUUGAGGUCCCAAGGGUCAUGUCUUACAAGAGACAUCCUGGAGAGAGAAGGCAAAGUAGAAGCUGGCAUCAUGACAGCCACAACAUGGUUGAAAGGAGAACUGUCAGCACAGGCACUAGAAACACCUAAAGACCUUGACUAUCAAGAGACCAUAGAUGUUUGUGAGCUCUAUAGUGACUGCAGUGAUGACGAGUCAGUGGGCCAUUCUCUGGGGAAGACUGCUAAACACAAAGUCUCCGACUCCAGUAAAACGCCAGGCUCCUCAGCACAGCUCACGUUGCUACAGUGCGGAUUCUCCAAAUGGAUUGAGGCAAAUUCUAAGUCAGUCCAGGAUGGAGAUGGAAACACUGCCUCCAGGGAUAAAAGUUCUAAUGAGCAGCCCACAUGUCUUUUAAAGGAAGCCAGACAGGCUGCUUGUCAGAAGAUUCAGGACUCUGUUUGUACAUCAGAACAUCAGAAAUCAGAUAACAUCCAAAAUCCAAAUGAAAAGUGUGUUUUUGAUAAAAGUAAGAAGACUUUAGAACAGAACAUUUCUUCUGAAUCUGAUGAUGAGAGAAAGUGUCACAGUACAGCUGGACAUCAUUGCACAGGACAGGGUGACACAGAGUCAGAAGACAGUGAUAUCAUCUUUCCCACACAGUAUCCAGCUCAGAGAGCCCCUAAUAACCGUGUACGUUUUAAGCUGCUGCCAGGUGGAUGUGAAGAUUCUGAAACAGACAACCCUGUGAAAAUAAAUCGUGGUGAUGGUAGACAGAACAGUGGCAAAGGAAGUGGACCAGUUUCAAAACCCUUGAGUCUUGAAAGCAUAAAGUUGAAAUCUAUUAGGAAAAGAAAAGGUACAGAUGAUAUUAGUGAUGAAUCUGAUGACAUUGACAUGUUUCCAAAGUCAGGAAUAAGAAAGCAAAGAACAACUACUUCCGUGAAAUUUAAGAGGAAAAAGGAAAACAAACGGGAACUUUAUAAUUCUGUAAGAGCAAAGGAAGCAAAACAAAUGUGUGUAACAGAUGGAGAUUGUAGCUCUCAGGUUAUUGAUGAAUUUUCAUCCUCAGAUGACAAUAUAUCUGUCAGCCACUUGAGUUUCUCUAAAUCAAGUCACAGAGCAGAAACUGUAAAAGAUAAAAUCAGUCUGUUCCCUAAGCUGCCUGACCGGAAUAAGAAAAACAGCACUUUUAUACCAGCAAGCUUUUUAAAUGAAGGAGUUGUCAGUCAAGAGCAAACGAGCAACUCAAUGGAUAAAAUAUUAGAUGGUGUUCAAGAAGUGAUGUAUAUCCACUCUAAUCAGAAUGUGAUUGGAUCAAGCAGAGCAGAAAAUCAUAUGAGCCGAUGGGCAACGCGUGAUGUGUUUGAGUUGAAGCAGUUUUCCCAGCUCCCUGCUAAUGUAGCUGUUUGCGGUUCUAGGACAUACAAAAAUAAGGUGACUGCAGACACAGUGACACCUGCAGAAAAAGAUCAGCCACUGAUUUCCUCUCCUCUGUAUAUGUCCCACCCUGUAAGCCAGAAAAAGAAAGAUGUCUUCCAUAUAAACCACACAACCUUCGUCAUUGGAGAAACACCAAAAGGAAUCCGCAGAAAGCAGUUUGAAGAAAUGGCCUCUUUCUACAAGCUGACUGUAAAGGAGUUUGCUAAACAGGUAACUGGCGCCACAUCUGCAGAACGACAGAGCAUGCUCCGAGACUUCUACAGUCUUCAGCACCCGGAGGGAAAGGAGUUGUUAGUGGACUCUGCUUCAGAGAUGGUCAGAUCUGUCCACAAGGAAGAAGAGAAGGUCAGGAAGAACUCUAAAGAAAAAGAAUCUCUUUUAAGAGAAAAGCCCUCAAAUGAUAAUACUUUGUCAUGUAAUGAUCCCACCAACAAAAUGUCUCAAGUCUACAACCCAAAAUUAUGUGAAGGAAAAUCAAGCAGAUGUCACAAUCAUAGUUCCCAUAAAGAAAAGACAUUUUGUAGUGAUACAAAAAUUAAGAGAUCCUCUGUCAGCUUUACUCAGGAGACUGACAGUGAGAGGAAUGACCACACACCCAAGAACACCACGACACUCUUCCAUCCACACAGCAAGUCUGACACCCUGAAGACAGAGCUAGGAGAUACCCCAGGACAGCAGCACAACCUCACAGGCCCAUGCAGUUCAAGAAGCAGGGCAGAAAAUCCAAUGUCAGACAAUACCUCUGUAGAAGGCUUACUGGGUGACACCUCUAUUCUUAAUGACCUCUUUAAAAGCCGUGGGGAAGGUCCCACACGGCUGCCAAAAAAUGUUCUUUCACGACCUGUGGCAAAAGCAAAGCAGAAGCCAAAAGAUUUCUGGGACAUCUUGAACGAGCAGAAUGAUGACAGUCUCAGCAAACUCACUGAUGUGACAGUGAUAGAGACGCUGUGUUCGCACACACCCCGCACCACAGCCUCCACAAGGAAAGAUGAAGUAGAUGCUUCGCUUUGGAAAGCAAAUGAUAAGUUUUUAUGGAAAACAUUUACCUCAAAUGUUGGUGAUAAAAGCAUAACGAGUACAGAGGGAGAGUAGGACAUGGGUGUGCCAUUAAAUUAGUGUAUUGUAAGCUGCUGGCCAUUUAUUGUUCUAGAUGGUAUUGUAUAUAAGCAUGGUAAACAGCUGUUUGCAGACAUUUAUUACUAAAUUGUUACUUUAGUGUUGUUUCUACAGCCCAAAAUGUUAUCAUGGGUUGUCUCGCCUUAAUAUCUGGUUUAAUCAUUAACAUCCAGUUUAUGUAGUGCUGGGGAUCAAACGCAGGACUUCAUAUACACCAGCAAGCACUCUGGCCAACUGAGUUCUAUUUCCUGCCCUGAUUUGAUCUAGGGAACAAAUGUAAUUGUAUCAUAUUAUAAACUCCUAUUUGUCAGUGAAGCCCUGUGUGAUUCUGUGGCCUUACGUGAGUGACUUUUCCUGUAUGUGCCUCUUCCUCAUAUGAAAGAUAACAGAACUGAGCCAGAUCAGCACAGAGCCCUCCACUUUUAAACUCCACAAUCCCCAAAUCAAGUGGCAGCCACUAUACUCUUCUCACUGGCAUUGUGAAGUUAUUGUAUUCCUUCUUCCUUGGAAUAAUGUUCUGUAACUAUUAAAUUAUCUUAGAUAAAAGUUGUAAUUAGGACUCAAUAUAUGGCAUUAUGUUAAAAUGGAAAUUUUAUAACCACUCAGAGUCCUGUAUAAGUUAGUGAGCUGUGAUGCUAAAGUGAUGGGAUUUUUGUCUUUGGCCAGGAUACCAAUGCCUUAACUUUUCACAUUACUAUGAUUUAGUAAAUUAAGAUUUGUAUUUUAACUUUGUAUUUCUUAAGUAGAAG